AUGGCCGGCCAUAGGCGGUUCGCGUCGACGUUGACCUCCGCUGCGAUGGACAUCGGCUUCUAUGGAUCGGUUCGACGCCGCGUGGAUGGGGCGCUUUGGCUUCCGUUUCGGGAUAGUUCCUUUUAUCCCGAGCGACCCCAGAUCCGAUCCCCUUCCUUGAUUUUCCCUUGGACUGCUAUCGUUGCUCUGCCUGUCCGCAAUGUUCAAAUGUCCUCGUGGACUAGGACUCACUCUUGCGCCAGUCGCUUGCGCUCGCGGCUCUCCUUUCUCCAUGUCGUCACGGUUGGCGCCGUAAUCAGUCUCUGCUAUCUCUUUUAUACAUUCGCCGUACCCCAGCUGCAUCGCCUGCAGCUUCGCACAGACUUGAGUUGGUAUGAUCUGGGAUUGUACGGCUUUGGCCCCUCGAGGAGCUAUGUUUCCUUCGAAUAUGAGUCUCCCGCGGUACAGAUUUCCGAAUGGGAGUCGGGCUGCGACUCGCGGUACACCUUUUUUGCCCCCCGAGGAGACUCGGUUGCCCAACCGGGACCGAUGAUCCUCGACUCUAAGGGGGAGCUGGUCUGGAUGAAGUAUAAUUGGGAUGUGACUCAAGACUUCAAGGUCCAGCGGUAUCAGGACACUGAUUAUCUGACCUACUGGGAGGGAGGUGAGACCGAAGGUCGGGGCUAUGGAGCCUGGUAUAUGCUGGAUUCGACAUAUACCCAACGAUAUGUGAUCUCUCCUGUCGGAAAUCAUGGCGGCGAUCUCCACGAAUUUAACAUCACUCCCGAAGGAACGGCUCUUGUGACGAUUUAUGACCCGCUGCCGGCCGAUCUAACUUCCAUCGGGGGUCCUGAGUUGGGUUGGAUAUAUGACGGUGUCUUUCAGGAAAUCGAUAUUGCCACGGGCGAACUCAUCUUUGAAUGGCGCGCAUCAGAACACUACCCCAUCAGCAUCACUUAUGAGAAACUAGGCAAGUCGGGAAGACUGCGCAGCUUUGCCUUCGACUUCUACCAUAUCAACAGCGUCGAUAAGGAUGACAAUGGCAACUAUAUCGUUUCAGCACGACAUACCCAUACCGUGAGCUGCAUUGACAAGAACAAUGGUCAGGUGUUGUGGACCCUGGGUGGCAAACUCAAUGAGUUCCGCGACCUUUCGGAUGGGAAAGCAACGAAUUUUGCAUGGCAACAUGAUGCGCGCUGGCACGCCAACAAUACCUUGACCCUUUUUGAUAAUGCAAGGCAUUCGAGUAAUGACCCAGAGAAUGAAAGUCGCGGCAUGGCUAUCGAGCUUAACGUUGCCGCUCGCGAGGCGUCACUGCGCGCCGCGUACCAUCACCCUCAACAGAUGUUGUCAGUAUCGCAGGGCAACGUCCAGAUGCUGGAUGACAGCGGCCGCGUACUCGUCGAGUGGGGCCACAGUGCUGCAUUUAGCGAGUUCAGCGCCGACGGACAAUUGCUAUGCAACACCCAUUUCGGUGCCUCAGCCUUUUUUGGGUUCGGACGGGUAGUGUCCUACCGUGCCUUCAAAGGUACCUGGGUUGGCCGACCGCAGACGGUCCCGGAUGCCGAGGUGCUAGGAGACCGUGUGUAUGUGAGCUGGAAUGGUGCGACGGAAGUCGUGGCGUGGCGACUGGAGGUCUGGGAAACGGACGACGUUCACGACAACUCAUUUCGGGUCGUGGCUCAAUUCCCGAAAGAUAGCUUCGAGACCGAGAUCGAGAUACCCAACCUCGAGCUUCCACUGUUUCGGCUGGCGGCAUUAGACUCCGAUGGAAAUGUACUCGGCAUCACCGAGUUACUCCAGCGCGAGCAGGGUGGCAGUUUCGAGCAGGUUAUUAACCCUCAAUACUGGAUCAUCGUCAUGGCUUUUGUCAUGAGUGGAGUCGGUUUGUUCGUCGGUCUGUAUACGUGCUGUGGCUGGGGCCAGUAUUUCCGUCGAUGUCGUUCCCGGUCCAGUGAGUACCAAUUGGUUGCCUUUAGCGACAGCGAAGCGCCUGUUUGAG